CUCUUAGUAUUACAGAAAAACACAACAUUAUUGGAUCCUCAAUGUGAAAGGCAGGCUGAUGACGGCCAUCCGAUCGUUGUCGACUACGGCGGCACACUGUUGUGGUCGCAUCGAACACAGAACAUCAUCUUUUCCGGCACCUUCUGGGGUGCCCUACUAGUCAUUGGCCCGUCAAUGCUCAUCUGGCAUCGCUGCUCACCUCGCCUCAUACUCUUGGUUGCAAUGAUCUCAUACGUCGUGGUUACUUUCGCCACACCGUUUUUAGCCCUCCACUUUGGUCCCAUAGCAGUGUUUUCUGCACGGGUCAUCAUGGGAUUUGGAGAGGGAUUUGUGGUACCGUCUUUCAAUGCUUUAAUUUCAAAUUGGUUCCCGGUUGAGGAGAGGAGUACCGCUCUCGCAGUGUAUACGACCGGCAAUCAACUAGCAGGAGCUAUCGGCAAUCCCCUUGCAGCUGCUCUAUGUGCUUCGCCAUUCGGGUGGCCAGGUGUCUUCUACUCCAUUGGUCAGUUUCAACAAUUCAUUAUUAUUAUUUAUUAUUUUAUUACUGCUUUCACUAUUAUUAUUAUUUAUCACUACUUCUUAUUAUUACUUUUGAAACUUCAGGGUGUUUAG